AUGCUGUCAGAAACUCACAUGUCAUCCUGUCGCAUGGAAAAGCCCUCUGAAAUAGAUGUCAGAGACAAAGUGUGGGUGAAGCUUAUUGGCCAAGCGAUGAAAAAUGAUAGGAUAAAAGUAUCCCUCUCCAUGAAAGUCAUCAACCAAGGGACUAAGAAAGACCUCGACCCCAACAAUGUUAUCGCUGAGCAAGAAGAGAAGUGGUCCUUCCAGGAUUACACUGGACAGAUCACCCUUGAGGCUGUCCUGAACACUACCUGCAAGAAGUGUGGCUAUAAAGGCCACUUUGCAAAGGAUUAUUUUAUGCAACCAGGAGGCACCAAAUAUUCUCUGAUACCUUAUGAGGAAGAGGGGAAGGAGGAGGCAAAGUCAGCAGAGUUUGAGAAGCCCAACCCCAUGAGGAAUUCUUCUAGAAAAAGAAAGAAGAAAAAGAAACAUAGAGACAGGAAGUCAUCUGACCCUGACAGCUUGGACUAUGAGAAUGACACAGGCAAGAGGGCAAGAUAA